CGUCAUUUCCCUGCGACUAUCUCUGAGAGAUAGGUCCAUGUGAACAACUUACACCAAAAUUAUCACCAAAGGUUUUUUUAUAUGGGUUGGGUGUGCAAUGGUGACGCCGGCUGCUGAAUUGUGAGAAAACCUUUUCUCUCCUCUUUUGCCUGUGGCCACUGUCCUUGUCUCUCAUACACAAUGGCCAGCCGCCUCUUGGGCAGAUAUGCCAGAUUGCUCUGCAGGGCCUCCUCUCAGGCUCAAGCUGCUGCUACUGCUGCUCGCCUGCCUCCACCUGUGGCUUUGACUGGAGAGGUGCUGAGGGCUCAGGGUUGGCCCAGGGUCACAGAGAGGUUAAUGUGUGAGGGAAGGACAGUUACCAAGGAGGACACCUUUCCAACCAUGCCUACACUCACCCAGCUGGAUGAGUUGGUGGAAAAGGCAUCAGUGCCAGAGGACAUCCUUCAGGCCUGGGUAGAGCAUGGAGGAAAUGGCAAUCAAGCCGCUAAUGCCCUGAUGAAGUGGACUCUCUUGGUGCUUAAGACGAAGGGCAAAUUUAAGGAAUUGAUGGUGGAUUCAAGGCUACUUGAUAUUAUGACUACGGCGUCUCAACAGGUGUCGACAGUGUGGAACGGUAACCUAGUGUCUGCCUUACGAGCUCUCUGGAUCAUGGAUGUGCCCUCCACUGAUUCCGUCCUCGGUUCUGUCCAGACAGAGGUCCUGUGGCGAGUGCGCAGGCUAACCUACAAGCAGCUGGGCUACCUGGCAGAAUGGGGAGCAGACAGGAAGGGUCAGCAAGAUGUGGCAAUAGUGAAUGCUGCAUUAAAACAACUGGAACUGCGCUGGACUGAAAUUGCUGAUGCUAAAACUGUCACUGCAUUGAUGGCCAAAGGACAUCGCAUGUCGCCUACCUUGAUGGACAGAUUAGAGGACAAGGCUUUGGAGCUCGCAGAAGGCUUUUCAGCAGAAGAGAUCCGCAAAGUCUGUGUGUCUUUGGCAGCUCAGAACCGCAGAUGUGUCCCACUGCUCAGAGCUCUGUCUUACCAUCUUCUCCAGAAGCCGUCGUCAGAGUUCACCAAUCAACUUAUAAUGGACAUGGCUUUUGCUUAUGGGAAGUUGAAUUUCCAUAAUUCUCAGGUAUUUCAGCGAAUGGCCUCAGAGUUGUUACCCAGAGUCCCUGAGCUCAACUGUGGUGAUGUCACACGCUGUGCUAAAUCACUGGGCUUCCUCAAGUGGCUCCACCUCCCUCUCUUUGAGGCCUUUGCUGAGCACUACAUAGCAAACAGUGAGAAGUACAAGAUCCUUCAGCUCUGUAAUCUGCUUAUGACUUUUGCCAGACUGGACUUCCAGCCCAGCAAAGCAGAAGAGUUCUUCAGCAAGGUUCACUCUGUGCUGGAGGAGUCUCUCUCUGGCCUGGAGCCGUUCCUGCAGACAGAUGUGGUUUGGUCUCUGUGUGUGCUACAGCAGGCCAAGCCCCACUACCUCACCCCCCUCACACAACCAAAUCAUGUUACCAAACUGUCAGAGGGCAGUGCAGCUCAAGUGGAGGGCUAUCGGCUGAAGCUCCUGCACAUUGCCGCUGCUCUCCAUUUAGAGCAUCCUGGCUCCUCAGAUCCAAAUACUCCAUCCUCCCUGACUGCCCCAUCUGUCAUGGCCAGAGUCUCACCCGUACAGAGCAGCCUAAGGGAGGCACUACAGAGUUUGGUGGGUGGGAAGACAGAGGCCCUUCGCACUGGGGUUGACACUGUGUAUGGAUGGACUAUUGAUGGUGAACUGGUAGUGGAUAGUGACAACAAACCAGUUGACAUGUCGAUGCUGAAAGCCCCUCAUCUAUCCAGCGGAGGAGGAGACCAGGCCUUGCCUGUAGGGGCACGGCGGAUUGCUUUCCUGGCUUGGGAGUUUCCCAACUUUGGCUCAAAGAGUAAAGACCUUCUGGGGCGGUUUGCCAUGAUGAAGCGACAUCUUCAGUUGGCUGGCUUCAUCACAGUGGAGGUACCGUAUUAUGAGUGGCUGGAGCUGAAGACAGACUGGCAGAAAUUGGCAUACCUGAAGGAUAAAUUGGGGAAGGCUGUUGCAGAGGACAUGGCCAAGUGAACUGGGCAAAUUCUUGAUCAAAAUUUGCAGCCUCAGCUAAAUCAGAGCUUUCCCGACCAAAUGGGACCACAGGGAAUACACACAUACACCCACGUUCACACUCAGAGCGGAGCAGCACUGCACAAAAGCUCUCUCAUACAAAUAAAAAAAUAUAUAUAUCAUAUUUUCACUCUGGUUCCCUUGGCAACAUGUGGGGCUUUCCCUGUUUCCAUGGUGAUGAUGAGCAAGAGUUUUGGAGCCAGAGAGAGAGAGAGAGCAACAGAAAUAAACACAACAGUGAAUUGUUCAGUAGAAAUGAUAUGAUCAAGGCCACGUCUGACAUGUCAGAACAGAAGCACCUGGGCCAUUUGGUCAAAAUAUUGUGCUUAAUAUCACCAUGUGAAUAGAUUGGAAUAACUUAACUAUCUCUGAAUGUGUGUGGAGUCGUCUUAUGAUGGAAUAAAUUGUUUUAUUGUG